UCUAUCGCGAGAGACGAGCUGGGACAGGAGACAGAAAUAGUCAUAUUUUAGCAACAACAACUGUUAUAAAAUAAUAAUAAAACGAGUACGGUUUUAUAAACGACAAAAACGCAACCCGUUGUUGACAAACGUAAAUGUAUAUUAGAUGAGAGGGAUAUAACAAAUACUAUCCAUGGCAACGCUGACUUGUUUCCAAUAUUCUUGAUUGUUGGCUAAUAGCUAACGUGCUAUUAGCUGAGGACCGAUUUAAGAAUAGCGACCUGGCUAAUAACGCUGUUGUCUUGUUAGCUAAUACCAUUCCCUCUAGCCCGCUAAACUGGAUUUUUGAAAGAGAUUACACAUUUGAAAGCUCUAUACGGUGUAUAAAUACAAAAAAGGUUGUAGCUGGUCGGAGCUGGACCCUAGCUGGACUUGGCGUCGGGAGGCUGAGGCCAGGUGUGUGUGUGUGUGUGAGUGUGUGUGUGUCUCCCAUGCAGUGGCGGGAAUGCUGCUCUCCUCCCAUGGGUGUGUGUGCUGGCCAGCGUGCUGGAGCUGAGUGCCUGUGUGUGUGUGUGUGUAUGUGUAUGUUGGUGUGUGUGUGCGUGUGUGUAAAUGGGGGAAGCUUGUGCCUCUACCUGCGGACUGCUGAACUGCAUACCCACCUGGCCUGCGUGAGAAGCCACACCCACAACACAAACCAGCCAAUGAGAAGAGCCCCCUUUGACAUCACACAGGGCUCCCACCUGCCCCCUGCUCCACUGAGCCGUCAGUCAACCCAGCGAGCCAAUCAGCUGCUCCCGUCAUGAACGGCUCCCUCCUGACCCCGCCCAGCCCCCGGGCCACCUCUAACUCCUCCCCCCUGCCCCCGCCAUCAUCUCACCCUCACGCCUUCGGGCUUCCCUGCUGGCCCUGUGCGCCCCUUGAUUUACGCCCGCUGCCGCCGCCCGACCCGUGUGGCCAGCCGUCGGAGACGCCCACCCCUUCGCCCUCGCCGUGCCUGCUGCCCCUGUCACCGCGGUUGCCGUCGGAGACGCCCACCCCUUCGCCCUCGCCGCGCCUCAGCUGGACGGACUUCUGCGAGCUGCACGCGCGGGCGGCGGCGGGGGACUUCGCGCGCCACUUCCGGGCCUUCCUGCAGGAGAACCCGCACUACCCCGCCGAGUCGUCCGCGCCCGCCUUCUGCCGCCGCUUCACCGACCGCUUUGUGCGCCACUUCCAGAGCGAGCUGCAGACCGGCGCCGGCCAGUCGGACGACCUCCUCGCCGGCUGGGUGGGCCAAUCGGACGCCACCACGUCGUCUCUGGAGGAGGAUGUGUCGUCUCCGCUCCCGGCCCUGGCGUCGGAGGCCACACCCCCCGCCGACCCCCAGGCCCCACCCACACCUGUGGCGACGCGUACGGACACACACACACACACACACUCUCACACACACACAUCCCGCCCCCCCUCCUCCUCCUCCUCCUGCUCCUCCUCCGUGGGCGGGAACAGCGGCCGGCGGGAGGAUCGGGGCGGCACCGGGGUGCCCAGACAGUUGCCUGGCAACAACGCGCCCGGCAACGGAGAUGUGGAGGAGGAGGAUGAGGACAGCUGGGCGGGGGGUGCAGUGGGGGAGGAGGCGGAGCCUGACGACACGAGGAGGGAGGGGCCAGAGGAGGAUGAGUUCUGUUGUCCCGACGACGGCCCCAGCGCGGACACCACCCCGUCGUCCCUGGCGACCACGCCCACCUCCAUGGCCAGCGCGGGCAGGGCGCCCGGUCUCAAGAACCAACGGCGGUCCAAAGGGACUGAAGAGCGCUUCUCACUGCGCAGCGUUGGCCGGAGCGUGAGGGGCAGCGUACGGGGCAUCCUGCACUGGCGCAGCGGCUCGGCCGACGCCCCCUCCCCCUCGUCCGCGUCCGCCCCCCCACUGACCUCCAGCUGCAGCUACUCGGCCGGCCUGCAGGAGGCGCCCAAGCGCGGUGGGGGGGGUGGUGGAGGUCCGGCAGGCUCUCUGCCGGUGUCGCUCUCGCUGCCGUUGGCAACCACGCUGCUGCCGCCCUCGUCCUCGUCCAGCGCCACCUCCCUCUCGCUGGCCGACCCUCGCGACCCCAGCCGACGCCGUAGCAACGGCGAGAGUGAGAAGGAGAGGCGGAGCUCCCGGCUGGAGAAGCUCCGCCUCUGCGCAGCUCCACCCCGCUGGUGUCGGGCGGGUAGGCGCCCGCCUCUCUUACCCACAAUGCAACACUCUCCUCCGGCCUGGGUUAGCAGGCUAGUGCGCGAGGGCGGGGUCACGGUGAACUCCUCCUCCUUUGACCAGCUCCCCGCCUCCCAGAGCUUCAGCUUCUCCUUCGGUCUGCUUCACCAUGGCAACGACAGCUCUGCGCCCAGCGCUGGCGCCGCCCCCCAGACGCUGCCCGUAGGGAGGGGCUCUCGCUGGCACAAGUGCCGCCUGGUGCUGCGCGAACGAGACAAGGAGGGCACGCAGAGGGGCGAAGAGCACUUCCUGGAGUUCUACAUCCCUCCCAAGUCCUCCAAGCCGCGUCUGACUGUCCCAUGCUGCUCCAUUCUGGAACUGAGGAGCACCACAGCGUUAGAGGUGCCAGACAAGGAGAACACCCUCCUAAUGCAGCUGGAGGGUUCGGUGCAGGUUGUCAUAGAGACCAGAGAUGCUGUGCAGAUGAGAGCCUGGCUGAGUGACAUCAGGAACGGCAUCUGCCUGAGCGAGCAAGAUGAUGUCGAGGGUGUGUGUGGUGCCGGCCAGACUGAAAUCAGUGGAACGCCAGAGUUCAGCGACCGCUUCAGUCAAGUGUGCUAUGGAGGUGUUGGCGGCUCUCCUCUCAUGGACCCCCUCCCUCCUGAGUUGCCGCCCCGAGCUCCUCUCGACGAAUCAGAAGGCCGUCUAAUGGGUGGAGGCGGAGCUAGCCUCGGCACACCUUUCGCAGAGACUCCAGAUGCCACAGGUUCCUUCCUGUUCUCCGAGGGCGUCUCUGAGAUAGAACAUCCCCUGAGCGAGUGCCAGUGGUUCCACGGGACGCUGUCCCGUCUCAAGGCGGCUCAGCUGGUGCUGGCGGGGGGCGUGGCCUCACAUGGCGUCUUCCUGGUUCGGCAGAGUGAGACACGGCGCGGGGAGUACGUCCUCACCUUCAACUUCCAGGGCAAAGCCAAGCACUUGCGUCUGUCUCUGAACGAGGACGGUCAGUGUCGCGUGCAGCACCUGUGGUUCCAGUCCAUCUUCGACAUGCUGGAACACUUCCGCGUCCACCCCAUCCCCCUGGAGUCCGGCGGCGCCUCCGACGUCACGCUCAUCAGCUUCGUGGGGGCCACAGCCGUCAGGCAGCCAGACUUGAGACCCCGUAGUCCCCCUCAGCCGCCGCCUCCUCCCUUGCCCCCCGUGUCCGUAGGGCGGCCUCCUCCUCCCAGGGCCAAUCAGUUAGGAGGGGAGGGGUGGGGCAGCGGGGGGCGGGACGCUGGAGGAGUAGUGUGUGAGGAGCGGGAGAGAGAGGGAGAGAGAGAAAGGGAGAGAGAGAGAGAGAGCCUUCGGCAGCUGGAGCCUGUGGAGGGAGAAGAGCGCGAAGGAGGACGAGCCCGCGCCAUCGAAAACCAGUACCAGUUCUUCUGAAGGGGGGAUAGAUAGAGAGAGAGAGGGAGAGAGAGGGAGGACGUGCCAUCGAAAACCAGAACCAGUUCUUCUGAAGGGGGGAUAGAGAGAGGGAGAGAGAGGGAGCCCGCGCCAUCGAAAACCAGUACCAGUUCUUCUGAAGGGGGGAUAGAGAGAGGGGGAGAGAGAGGGAGAGGGAGAGGUGGAGCCUGAGCCUGUGCCAUCUUCUGAGUGGAGCGAGAGAUGGAGGUCGUGCACGUGCCAUAGACAACCAGAUCUCCUGAUGGACAGAUGGAGAGAGAAAGAGAUGGAGAGGUGGAUGACUGAAAAAGAAGGGUGAACUGGAGUGGCUCAUCCUGAAGCAGUAUUUUAAAUCAUUUUAAAGAAACAUACUUACUAACACCACACCACACCACACCACACCGAGAGGGAGAGGGAGGGAGGGAGAGAGGGAGGGAGAGGGAGAGAGAGAGGAAGAAAGGGAGAAUAUAUAGGAAACAUCAGGACACAACAGCACUAAGCAAGAAAGUCAGAGAAAUUACACUACAACUUAAGUCUGACACACACACACACACACACACCUCAAUUUCAGAAAAAGGUACACACAGCAAUUCCUAUGGAUAAGAAACUUUAGCACACACACACACCUCAACUUCAGAAAACGGUACACACUGCAAUUCCUAUGGAUAAGAAACUUUAGCGCACACACACACACACACUCCUCAAUUUGAGAAAACGGUACACACUGCAAUCCCUUUUGAUAAGAAACGUUAAGACAUGCACAUGCACACACACACACACACUAGUUUGACAGUAUCUGGUAAAGCUCUCCAAGAUGAGACAUAAGUACACACACACACACACGUAAUGUUACUAUACCUCAGAGUCCUGCACUGAGACAGACACACACACACACACCAAGCAGAGGCCAGGGUACAGUCUCUUUCCCACCCUGCUUACCUCUCUCUCUCUCUCUCUCCUCUCUCUCUCCUCUCUCUCUCUCUCUCUCUCUCCUCCUCCUCUCUCUCUCUCUCUCUCUCUCUCUCUCUCUCUCUCUCUCUCUGCAUACCUGUCUCUCUUCUCUCCUCUCUCUUCCCCCGCCCCUCUGUUCCUCUGCUCUUCUGUUCUGUAGUGUUGCUAGAGGCCGUGCCGUUAGGGGCGGUUAGGGGCAGGAAGGCUGUUCAUCCACCAGACAGAAGUAGUUCAUUGAGAGCAAUGGGAUAAUAACAGUUAUAAUGAUGAUGCUUAACAUAAUUGCCUGAAUAAUAGUAUUCAUUUUAUUAUUUGUUUUAAAUGCCUUUAUUGUAUGCUGUUUACUCUGUGCGUGCACCUGUGUGUGUGUGUGUGUGUCUGUGUGUGUGUGUCUGUGUGUGUGUGAGUGAGAGGGACUCUGUUUUGCCUUUUGCUUUUUCUAUGCCCCCCACCCCCAAAACACACACACACACACACACUAUGUGUGUCUCUGAGAGAGAAGGAGGAUCUUAGACCUUUGACCUGUGCCUUUGGCUGUCUGCCUGUGGUUGUGUGUGUAGUGGCGUGUGUGUGUAGUGGCGUGUGUGUUUGCCCCCCAUCUCACCCCCCCCCCCCUGAGUCCAGGUCUUGAUCCUGAGUCCAGGUCUUGAUCCUGACUCCACUCUGGUCCUGAGUCCAGGUCUUGAUCCUGAGUCCACUCUGGUCCUGAGUCCAGGUCUUGAUCCUGAGUCCAGGUCUUGAUCCUGAGUCUAGGUCUUGAUCCUGAGUCCAGGUCUUGAUCCUGAGUCCAGGUCUUGAUCCUGAGUCUAGGUCUUGAUCCUGAGUCAAAUCUGGUCCUGAGUAAAUCUCACC